GGGACACUAAAAGCUGUGGCACCGACGCCGGCACUCAGCGGAAAAAGGACGAUUGUCACACGAAAGGAGAAUAAAGUGCACAUGGAUCUAACCGCGACCUACACGGCAUCAGCGAAUAUAUGUUGUAUAUUAUAGAAUACAAGGAUGUAGUAAGGAUUAUGUAAUUAUUAGAUUUUGCUCUGUGGGUGGUGAGCCAGGUGGUGGUGACAUGGUAGUAUUCACGGAUUGGUUUCGGUCGCCUGUGAUCUCAAGAAGCGCCUGUGGUUUGCCAAUGGCUGGUGAAGACACUGGUUUGGAGGCUGUAGCCUCACCGAUGGUGGGGUAUUUGGGAAAAGUUCAGGAAAGGGCUACUUCCCUGGACAACUGUCCAUGGUGCCAGGCAAAGGGUCAGACUUAUGCUUUGCACUCCUGUCACUUAAACUUCGAGGAGAAAAUAAUGCUCUGCACAAAUCCACAGUGCCUGUUCCCAUUGGUCAGCCGGCCUUUGGAAGAUGUUUUGGUCAGCUUGGUGCCUGUGGAGCCAGCUACUGGAACCAAAAGGAAAAGUCCCAAAACACUUGUGGCCGAUGAUGGACUCAGAACCACUUCACCAAAAGGCCCGCAAUUAAAAGAACUUGAAAGCUCAAAUGAUGACAAAGUGCACAAUACAGUUGGUACUUCCAGUAGAACACCUUUUGAUGUGGAAGCACAUGUAGGUCAUUUUGAUGGCUCAGAAACAAAGCAGUUGGAAUGGUUACAACAAAAAGACUGUAUUUUUGAUAAAGACUGGGAUUCUUGUACAGAUAAUCAAAAUGUUUCCCUAAAAACAACUGAAGACAAAGAAAAUGUGCUAAAAACCUUACAAACUAUUAACAAUCAAGAAGAGCUUUCCUGCACAGACAACAGAAUAAAUGGAGAAGACCAUAGCUUUGCAAACACAGUACCACUGGAUAGAGAUUGCAGUUUACCAAAUGGGGAUGUAUCUUCUAUUAAAAAUACUCCAUUGACUAUGCAGUGUGAAGCUAUGGGAAAUGCCAAACCCAUGUUAGUUGAGAACACUUUAAUGCUGUCGGAUAUUGAAGUUGCCCAUUCAGAAACGGAAGACAUGCCAUUUACAGAAACAAACCUUGAGGAGGAGCUUGUGUCUGCUCCAGUUGAAAUUUUUUGGCAAAAUAAGGAUAACCUCUGCUGGCUGGACUCUCUGCUUGUGGCAUUAGCUAAUUUAAGGAGCAUAAGAAAUCUAAAACCUAAAGAUGAGCCCAGACAGUCGCCAAUGUGGACACUUCUGGCAGGUUAUGAUGAUGCAUAUGCAACCAUUCAGAGUCAACAACAGACUGACAAAGAUGGCUUCUUGAAGGUCCCAAACCACUUGCUGCACAAAAUCAACACCGACCUUGAAUCUCUCCGGAUGUCGGUCUUCAAUCUCUUGCAGCCAAAGCUUCACUGCAAACUUGGUCAGAAUGAAACUCCAGUCUUUGCUCUACCUCUCUUGGUGAAGCUGGAUUCCUGGUUGGAGUCACUUUUUCAAUCCACAUUUUACUGGGAUUUUAGAUGCACUGAAUGCAAAAGCAACACAAAAGAGAAUGUUGUGAAGACGCUUCCCACUUUCACAAGCAUUGUUCCUGAUUGGCAUCCACUCAGAGCAGUUCAUCUGGCCCCAUGCAACAACUGCCACAGGAAAAAACAGAGGCGGAGAAUGGUGCUACAGGAAGUUCCUCCUGUAUUUGCCCUGCACUUUGUUGAGGGACUUCCUGACAACAACAUACAAGUCUAUAACUUCAGCUUCAAGAAAAAGUUCUACUCAGUCACUGCUAUCAUUCAGUACAGCAGUUCACUCAAGCACUUUGUCACCUGGAUUCAUAAAUCUGAUGGGUCAUGGGUGGAGUUUGACGAUUUGAAAUACCCUCAGUGUAAAUCGUUCAAGAUUCUCCCAGUUCCAGCUCAGGAAAUCCAUGUUGUAUUUUGGGAGGAAGAGCAGCACGAGGAGUCCCGGGCUUGUUCUCCAUCCACCACCUUCACUGAAUGUCUCCCCUCCUCAAAGCACAUCAACCACAGUUCAAGAGACUUGGAUUUGAUCACAAAUGACUGGUUGCAGUGCUCACCUGACCAGCUGCUUCUUAAUCCCCAAAACAGUUCUGAUAUUAUGGACGACAUCUCUGAACAGGAUACUGCAAUCACAGCAGAGGUUGAUACUACUAUUGGUUCCACUACGCUACUAGACGCCUUUGAAGGACUAACACACAAUGACAUUAUCACGCUUACUUUAGUUGAAAUUAACAAAGAUUCCCAACAGCCACCUUCCAAUGCAACUGAUGACGAAAUUGAACAAGCUAAAGAUUUCAAAAGUCAGAAUGUUAACAGUGAAAUGCAGGAUUCAUUCAAAAAUGCUACUGUCUUUGCUCCAGACAGCUCAUUGACCAUUGAAACAAUAGAAAAACCUAAGGAGAAUGACUGUGACCAUUCUGUGUCAGAACCAGAAGUGUCUGAACAAGAAGACAACAUGGCUCAUGACCCAACUUUUGAGCCACAACCUAAAAGAGGACAAAAGAGGAGAAGAACAGAAGUUACUGCACAAGUUAAAAGACUAAAAGUGGCCACUCCUAAAGGAAAACUUGCUAAAACUAUAUCCACUACUCCUGUUCAGUGCAAAUCUUCUCCUACUGUAACCUCAAAGCCCAUGUCUCCAGUUUCCUCUACUGUUCCUACACUUCUAAUCGUCCCUAAAACUUCUGUGAUCCAACCAGAGCAAAAAGGUUGGUGCCACCUGCUUGAACGCUCACUGGGGCACAUACAGAACACAUCCAAAAUAAAUACAAACCGAAAACCAGCCAUGCAAUCGAAGAAAGUUUUUCCUAUCCCCUUGGCUCCACAACAGAGGGGCGCUGUUACGAUUAAAGUGACACCUAAACCAAUGCUGAGGACAGAGGACAGCGGAGGUCUGCCGUUGAAGGCAGCCGAAAUGUAUGGAGCAUUUGGAUGCAAGAACGCAAAACUCAAUUCUACAGUUGUAAAUAUAAAUAAAAUGCCUCUUGAGCCACCUGUUCAAAAAGCUGUAACAUAUAACACAGUCAUGGACGAUUCAUUGAGUACAUCAGUUGCAGGGCUUGCCAAUAACAUAACGUCCUGUAAGAAAACCAAAUCAUCAAAAAUGCCUUCAGGACUAAGCGAGACUGAAAUGCUUAGGUACAAACUCUUUAAAAAACUAAAAGCAAAGAAGAAAAAACUAGCAAAGUUGAAUGAAAUGUUGGGACAAUCAGGAGGUGACAGCUUCAAACCAGAUAGCACUAAUCUUUCACCAAACACAGUUACCUCCAGCACUUUGGAUUACGAGUUUUUCUCAGAUCUCCUCUCUCCAGCUACCACUAUAACCAGUAACUUGUCACCGGACAGCACGGACUUCCUGGAGAUGUUAGCUAAUGGGCAAGAAGCCACUGUGGGGGCAGAGAUGUCAGCAGAUACACUGGUACAGCCAUCUACAGGGGCAGAGACGGCAGACUUUUUGGAUGAAUUUAUGUCUCAAGCUGUAGUGGAAAGACCAAGAGAAGAUGCGCUUAGUGCGUUAGAUUUGUUCCUUUAA